AUGGUAUCAUAUCGUCGUUUUGGUAAACCUAGAAGUGUAGAAAUCAUCACGGAAAUGGAAUUAGUGAAGCUAGUCAGUAAAGGGAACCCUGUAUUUCUGUGCAAUGUAAGAGACCUCGAGAGUGAAGUUAUGGAUAAGCCUGCGGAUUUGUUGGAGAAAGGUUAUAUUAGAACAAGUGCAUCACCAUGGGCAGCACCAAUUCUGGACUUGAUGAAUCGUGUAUUCCAUGCAGUUUUGGACAAGUUUGUAGUGGUUUUAAUAGAUGAUAUCUUGCUGCAUUCGAAGAGCGAAGAAGAUCAUGAUGAACACUUAAGAUCUGUGUUGAAUACACUUAGAGACAACCGGCUGUAUGCCAAAUUCUCGAAGUGUGAGUUUUAG